AGGCCUUAGGUUUUUUAAAACACACUUCAUCAGAGUCCGGUAAUAAGACGAAGAGCCGCUGGUCGACUAAUGUAAGGUUUCACGCAGCAAGAAAGCUUCCAGAGUCCGGACGACGCAGCUCUGUGGUGUUUCAGACCACCCCGUUUUCACAUCUGCGCCAUUAUCACACCUCCGCCGUUCCUUGCUUUGGGCCUUUCAUCUCCUUCGCUCGAAACUUGUUUUUCCAACCGAAAUUAAGAUAGUUAUGGAUCGUAGUUGGAUCAAUUGUAGACGAACGAGUGAUGAGUAUGAAAACGGGGUUGAAUCUUUUCUGCAAUUCGCAAAAACAAAUCUGCCUAGUAGUAGUGAAAAGUUUCACUGUCCUUGUGUUAACUGCUUGAAUGAGAUACGACUAGACACUGAAUUAAUACGAGAGCAUCUCCUGUGUGAUGGAUUUCUUAAAAGCUAUACAGUAUGGAUAUGGCAUGGUGAGCGGUACAAUAUGCCCACUACAUCAUCUCAUACGGAGGAUGUUGCUGAACCAGAAAUGGGUGAUCAUUUGGAGGACAUGAUACGUGAUGUCGGAGAGGAGGCUUUUAAGCUAUCACAUAUUUAUGAAACACUAUGCGAUGACGCAGAGAAACAUUUGUAUCCCGGGUGCACCAAAUACACACGACUUGCAGCCGUGCUAAAAUUGUUUAAUCUGAAAGCAAAGAAUGGGUGGAGUGAUAAGAGCUUCACCGAAUUGCUUGUGUUGUUAAAAGAUAUGCUUCCUAGUGGUAAUACAUUACCAAACCGCAACUACAAGGCAAAUAAGGUAAUUUGUCCUUUGGGUAUGGAGUAUAAGAAGAUACAUGCAUGUCCGAAUGAUUGUGUACUGUACACUAGAUGGUCAGUGGUUCUCCAAGGAAAACAUUUACUUGUCAAUGAUGACAACAAUGAUCUUGCUCCAGUCACAUUUGAGAAUCCAUUAUAUAAUUCAAUAUCUGUUGUGAUUGAUGAAAAUGAAUUAGACAAUGUGCAAGCAACUCGUGAUGAUCAUAUAGAAGGAUUGUGGGAGAACAUUCCAGAUAGUACUGAACAAUAAUAUGGACGAGCAAGGGACAAAUGGAUCAAACAGUAGAUCUUCAAAAAAAGAGGAAGGGAGCCCACUAGAUUGAAGGCAUUGAUGCGCAAUCGUGCAGCUAACAACCCACUACCUAUCCGAUUUAAUUCCAAGGGGAAAGCAGUGGGCCCAAACAAGAAGUUGUUUGUUAGUUUUGUGGCCCUCCAGGGAAGGAUGAGAGCUUGUAUAACAAUCUCAGAAUGGGAAGCGGUUGAGGAGGGAGUUAAGAACCAGAUCUGGGAAGCUAUUCGGCUCACCUUUGAGGUCCCUAAUGAUCCAGUACUGAGGAGAAAAUGGAUUGGAUAUGCUGGUAGCCGGUGGACGGGUUUCAAGACUUUUUUGACGUCAACAUACAUAUUUGGCGCUCGACGUGGGCAAGACCCAACUGUGAAGUAUAAGUGGAUUGAAACUGAAACCUGGAAAAAGUUUGUCCUAAGCCGACAAGACCCUGUUUUUCUGGAGCGUCGAAGGAAAGCACAAGAAAUUCAGGCAUGUAAUGAUUGUCCCCACAGGUUAUCAUGGGGUGGGUACGAGUUGCUUGAAGAAAAGAUGAUGGCAGAAAAAUUGGAACUGCAACAAGAAGCCUCAAAGUCUGAUUCUUCUGUGCUUUUAAAACCUCCUUCUCCCAUCAAGCGCCAUCAUAAAUGGAAGAGAGGUCGUAUUGGAUCAAAUGGCCAAUAUACGUCCAAGACGGCUCGUGAAAUUGCAGAAAAAAUCAGUACCUUAGAGCAAGAGGAAAAUCAAGGAACAUUUGUUCCCCUAGGUCGUGAUGACAUCUUAACGACAGCUAUUGGACGACCUGAGCACCCUGGACGUGUACGUGCUGUUGGAGCAGGUGUUGGCAUUCGUGAAGUAUUUCCAAACACAGGACGCCAAAGAAACACGUCCCCGGCUUUAACCAAGCAUGAUGUUGAUCUGAUAAAAAAGGAAGUGCGAGAUGAGGUGACACAAGAGGUGACUGAAAAUUUGUCAAAGAUGUUCGACCAGAAACUUCGGGAUGAGCUGCUGAAGCUGGGAUUUAACACACAUCAAGAACCACAUAGAGAGGUACACAACCUGGGCGCUACUAUACAACAUCAAAAAAUAGCUGCAGAUUUUGUUAGGGUGGAGGUGGUAGAGGUUAUAGAUGCACUUGCAUUGGUUCCUAUUGCCACAGAUGAAGUUCAAACUGUGGGACAGGCUCCCAAACAAUUCAUUCAAUGGCCAAGGCGGUUAAUUAAUCCCAAUAAGGAUAAACGAGCAUACCAAAAGGAUGAUGACAAUGACCAAGUGGAUGUUCCCAAUGAGCACAAGGAUCCAAUAGCCCGCUUACUGGAAAUGACAAAACACCUUGAUGGACAGCCUCUGGAAUUAGUUUUAAAAGGAGAUGUCAUUGGUGUUGCUGAUAUCUCCCUUUUUCUUAGUUCAGAGGAGAUAAUGGAGAUGUGUUCGGGUAAUCAAAUGCUCAGUACAAAGGUUAUGCGAGUCUGGAUAAUGUACUUGCACAAAUUGUGUACUAAAAAGAACAACAAACACUUGUAUGGAUUCUUUGACCCUCACACCAUUCAAGAUGUGGGAAACAAGCGUGAUGAAACCCAAACCUACAUAUUAACUCACAUCAAGGACAACAAGGACUGCUAUCUAGUUCCAUAUUACUAUCCUAACCAUUGGCAGCUAUUCGUAUUGUGUCCUAAGCAAAACCUUAUUGUGUUCUUGUGCUCCUUGGGGAAUAAGCCAAAGACAAAUGUGAAGAGUGUUUUUGAUAUGGCAAUGCAAGCACAUCAAAUAACAAAAAAUAGGAGGAAUUCCAAACCAAGAUGGAUUAAGCCGAUUUCUAGAAUGCAAAGGGGUAGCUAUGAGUCUGGGUAUUAUGUUAUGAGGCAUAUGGAGACUAUAAUAUCUGCAGUCGUUGUUGAUUCAUGGAUUGAGACAUUCAAUGUUCAAGAGUCAUUUAGUCCACAAGACAUUACCGAGACAAGAGAGCAUUGGGCGUCAUUUGUUUGCGACACCACAAGCAGUACGGGUUUCUAUUAACAAAUAUGGUUCUGUUUUGAUGUCUAGAAUGAAUAGUGUUGGUUUCAUGUGAAACUUUGUUCUUUUGACUUGCAAGAACCUUUGAAACUUUUGUAGUUUUUGCCUACGUGAACUUGUGAAACUUUGCAGUUUUGGCUUGGAUUGAUUGGUGUUAGUACUAGAUGGAACACUGUAUUUUGCUACAAUAUCAAUAUAUUUGCCAUAAUUCUCAUUUAA